CUUUCAAUGUUGACUAAUUUUAUUUUUAAGUCAGCAAUUAUAAAAUGUACCAAAUUAACAAUUUGAUUUGUGUUUACCAGACUCUUGGACAUCUUUAAUUUAAUGUUAAUUGUUGUGAUUUAAGACAUAAUAGAUCCUUUCUUCAAUCUUAUUCUUGCUCUUGUUUACAAUUCAAAACAUGAAUCAAUGGGUUCAGUACAAAGGAAUAGCUCACAACUUGGAUUAUUGAUUAAAUCAGUUUCUAAACGCGUUUCUUCCCUUGAUUUACCCUUAUAACGAGCCUUUUAAGACAAAGUGACCACCAAAUUGACCAUUUUCUGGUGUAUUUAAUCUAUGGCUUCAAUCUUGGUCAAAGAGCAAAGCAAUUGUCCUUAAAUCUUUGGUGUUGAUUAUGGAGGAAUUAUCGUGAAUUGUAUUGAAAUUCAUUGGAUGUUUUACCUAUUAAACUAAUUGCAACCUUGAUUAUUGAAAUUAUUGUAUCAAAUAGAUAUACAUAAGUUUAAUUAAGUCACAGAUUCUAAUUACUAAGAGGCAUGAAUCUUGAUUUUUGUUGUGAGGCAAAUAAAAAUUGUCUAAUCAUCAAUUGAUCCAGUCUUACUAGCUAUUUAUUACAAACGUAGUAACCAAUUCAGUCUUGCUCCCAAUAAUAUCAGUGAGAAAUAAAUGUAAAAAAAAUGAGAUCAGCUUUGAUUUUGAAUUGUUUAGGCCACCAUUUAUCAGCCCUCAAUGACUUGUUAAUUUUCUGAUUAACUUACCAUCAUAAUCAUCUCAGGCUUACUUGUCGUCAACAUCAAGUAUGGCUAGAUGUUCAAGCGUUUCGCUUAAUUGUAGUCCAUCUUUUGUAUUUUAUAACCAACCAAAUGAAUCAAAUAAAGUGAAAUUUACAAUCUGUUAAAACAACAAUCAAAUCAGUGAUUUUGUCAAUACGGAAACAAACUGUUUUUUAGUGUCUUUGCCUCUAGUUUUGUGCCAAUGCAACAUGUCCAUUAAUUGGAGUCAGCUGAUAACUCUUUUAAUAUUUUCAAAUUUCAUUCACUAUAUUCAAAGUUCAUCAGUUUGUGCCAAGCUUCAGCAAUGUCAAUCAGAAACAAUACCAAUGAUUUCCCAGCAAUCCAAUUUUGGUGAUCCUAAGUGGCCUUUGACUUAUACUUGCCGCAAUUUGAGGGACAAUCUUGACUGUUUGUUGAGUUUAAGUCCAUAUUGUGAUCGACGAGAUUCACUAACAUCACAAACAACUUGGACUCUGGUUUAUAAAUCAAAGAUUUACUUGGACCAAAAGUGUGAUAGAGAGUCAGGAAUCAUGGAUUCACCUUGCUAUCGAAGUAAUGAAGUGAAAAAAUGUGAAAACCUUAACCCAUCACCAGGCUCGAUAAACCAAUACAAUUGCUGGCGUUACAAUAGAUUUCGUGAUUGUGUACAUUCAUCUAUCAGAACAACUUGUACACCUCAGGAACAGAAUCUGGUUAACCAGUAUUUGGUGGAUCGAUCCAAAAACAUGUCUUGGUUGUGCGUCAACAUGACAACACAACCCUCAUCUCAAUCAAACGAAUCAGAUGAAAUAAUCGUCGGAACAAAUAGGAAAGUAUCAAAUGAACCAUUGGAUAAAGAAAGAUUGUCUUCAUCUUCGGCAAGCACCAAUGACAGAGAUAUGACUGUUAGUGGUCAGUUUAUCGGCUAUCCAACAGUUGUUGGUCCACCUGUAAUAAAUGGGGAACCUUUUCCAGGACCAGCUCCUUAUCCACCCAAUGAUGGACUGCAUGGUGGUUUAGCUCCAGACAGGAUCCCAAUUGGUGGCCGUUAUCCAUAUCCUGGGUCCUCAGGAACUGGGUUAUACCCUGGUUAUGGUAGUCAACCAUAUGAUAGUGUAAGGCCAAAUUACCCAACUGGUUCGAUGUCGGUUGAAAUUUGUCUUGAACGAUCUCGCUAUUUAGCUCAACACUGCGAAAAUGCUCUACUUCAAAGUCAACGGAUUGCUCACCAUUACCGAACGCCAUCUGAGGUUCAAAGAGUAAUUUGCUGUGGAUUGUUUUAUUACAGAGAUUGUAUGUAUCAAGUUUUGAAUCAUGUUUGCCCUGGAAGUGACCCAUUGAUGUUUAGUAUGGUUUUACCGUUUACUGUUAACCAACAAUUGGCAACCUGCAGAAGCUAUACCAGAGGACAAUGUAGCAAUGGAAUCAAUCACAAAUCAUCUUUUUUAACCAUUUUAUUAUCAAUUUUCACGUUUUCAUGGAUUUAUUCAUUUUGAAAUCAAAUGUUUGACAAACUAAUGUAAUUUUUUCAAAUCAACUAUUUGAAGCAAAAUUUUGUUUCAACAGUUAUUCAAUGGUCAUUCUUCAUCCCGUCCGAUGUUAACGCAAACAAGUAAUUCAACAAUUUAUCAUAGUCUGAAAUUAGUUUAUGACAAAUUGGUAAAUAAUGUAAAUGUCACCAAAAUUGCUCACUUUAGCCAGGUCCAUCGGUAAACCAUUAAAUUACCGAUACUUUAAAUUUUGUAUUUCCUCUUAAAGUCUUCAUCCUUACAUUAAUAGCAGCUAUUUUCUAGUCUUUUUAAGAUUCAUCUUUUGCCAUAAAUCACUGUCCAGUUGGUAAUUUUUACUCCAUAGUUUAUUCACCCUUUGUAGCAUUGUAUCUUUAGGAGUAACCAAAGCAAAUCCUGAUCCAACAAUUUGAGAUUAUACAAUAAUUCCAUUGCUUCACGGCUUUCAAUUGUAACUAAAAUGGUUGAAAGAGUUGAAAGAGUUCAUUUUUUAUAUCCAUUAAAAUAUAAGUUUAUCAUCAACUGUUUGUUUAUUUCUCUCUCAUUUGUUACAGAAUAAGGAUAUUGAUAUCUGAAUGAGGAAUUCACGAAUCACAGACAAUUUAAGUUAAGCUAAAUAGUUGAAAUUUAAUGUGGUUACAGCUGAGUAGUUCAAAGUCCACCACCAAGUUUGAAAUAAAUUGCUUCUAGAAACGGUAAGAUCAACUGUAAAGAACGGUUCCAGUUUCAGUCACUAGUGCCAUCUAACAGCCAUACGUGAAAGUUUGGAAAGUAAUUUACAGUUGUUUUCCAUCAUUUGAUUGCAUCUGUGUAAACAUAAAUCUACCUUGACGGGAAAAUAAAGAAAAGUAUUAUUAAAAGGAAAUCGAUCGUCAAAUUUUACUCUAAUUAUAUUUUGUUUUAAAAUCUAAUGUUUCAAUAAACACAUGAAAAUAAUUUCAACCCUCCAUUUCAAGUAAUUUGGUAAGUUGACUCCAAUCAAGAAUUGAAAUUUGCGAUCUUGUUUGAUUGACAAGAUUAACCGGUCAGCUAUAUCUUUCUUAAAGGUAUCCUGAUGGAUUGAUGAUAAAAAAAGCUGUGACAAAUUGUUGAACUACCUGGAUCAAUUUCACGAUUACAAGUUACAAUACUUGAUUGGAGUUUCAAUUUAUGUGUAACCCCUUUUACUUUUAUCAGUUGUAGGAGGAGUUACAUCUGUUUCUUGUGAAAAUGUGUUUACCUUGAUCAACUAUACUUACAAAAAUGAUUGUGUUAAAAUAGUGAUUACCAGACCAAUAUACAAAGAUGAACAUAGAUGCGGGAUCAACUGUUGGAUAGGUUGCUGAUUUAAUCAACUCUUAGUCUGUUAAGUAGCGGUGUGCAGGUCGGCUUGACUUAUCACACGGUUUGCAAUCAUCAAACUCCAAAGCAACAUUAUUGUUGAUCGAAGAGAUGAUCACCGAUGGCGACCUGCGGCACUACUACUUAGCCGACGAAGGUAAUGUUGUCAUCUGCAGGUUGGCUUGAGUGUUUAUCCACACAAAGAUUUCCAUUCACCAUAAGGACAUCAAUGGUUCGUCGUCAUCAUCAUCAUGGUUCGGAUGCUCUGAAAAGGAGAAGAGAAGACAAAAAUGUAUCAAACCAAAUGGCAAACGAUGAAAAGGAACGGCUUGAAAUGAUUGAAUGCUUGUUUUGUGUUAACAGUGUAUUUAAUGGCAAACACAGGUCUACAAUUGCUCCGCCUUAUCAACCCACCUCUGCUGCUUCUCAUCAUCAUCUUUCAAGCCCCUGGUACAGAAGAGACUAGACAACAACAUCCUUCUUCUUCUUCCUCUGCUUCCUCUCUCAGUCAUCUUUACCUUUAUCCACCUUCAAUAAUACACACAUAUAAAAAUUGUAAUUUACUCUCAAUUUACUUUAUGCGUAAGAAUUCUGUUUCCGUUUGGCAAACGAAUCACCUUAUAACCAUUGACAUUUGGGUCCAUUUUGUUUGUUCAGUGCUUACUUGGUAUGGAUUCUGUGUAUUUGCCUGUUCCCCCCAAUUGCAGAGUUAACUAUUAUAAUUUUUGCUGAAGCUGAUCAAAGGAAUCCUGUUGAUGAUAAUAAUAUUGAUGACGAUGAGUCAAAGAAGAAAGAGAGAAAAGGAAAGAGGGCAAAUUUUCAAGUACACUUACCAUGGAACGCAAAGCUAAAAAUCGGAAAGUCAGAGACAAGCAUAUUGUACAAGACAAGAAACAAGACAAGAAACAAAAAGCAAAGGCAUUUUUAAGCGAACCUCAAGGCUGGACAUUUGCCCACAAACAUUUCAUUUAAUCAGUUAUAUAAAUCGGGAUACAUCUACAAUCAACACUAAUAUCAACUACUGGCUGAUAAAAGUUGGAUAAAUUGCAUAAAAAAAGUACCUAGUCCUGAUUGAGGUCAUUACUCCAGUUAAUGAGGCUAAAUGGCUCAUCAAAGCUCAACGAUGAUGAUGAUUAAAGUAAAAAAAACAGUUUUACCAGCCAAUUAGAUUCUUCCUUGUUAAUAAUGCUAAUAAAGGAGAGGAAAUUUAGCAAAUUAACGGAUCGGAUUGCAUUGAAAUAAACAUGAAAAACUUAUAUUGAAAUCAACUGAUAAAGCUAACCAUGUGUUAUAAGGAUUAAUGAUCACAAGUAAACAUACAAAGUUCAUUUUUGUCAUAUUAUCAACGAUUAGGAAACUUGAAAUGGCAAUCUUUAACGGUAUAAUCAAAAUUCAACCUUCGGCUAAGCCCAUAUUUAAGGCGACACAGGAAUCGAUGAGCAACAUGACUUUACCGGUUCGAACUGACUGAUCCUAAAUUUUGUCAUCCAUUUGCUGUUUGAUUCUGGCCAAUUUGGAUAUCGUCUUCAUAUUGACUUAUAACAAUCUAAAACUGGAUAAAUUGAAUUAACCACAUUUUGAGAUGAUAAAAUGAUUGCUGUAACAAUUGGUGUAUCGCAUAGAGUUGAUGGCAUUCAAUGAGUGUUUUUUGUCUGCUCUUUUGCUUGAUCCUUUUUAAUUAUUAACAAAAAAACGGAUAAAACUAA